ACGCGUUGUCAUUCCCCAGGUAAACUUUUUCGCCGGUCUCCGUUCGGUUUUGCCCCUACCUUUCCUUCCGACCCCCAACCUUCUGCAUUCGUGUACGAUGGGAGCUUCAGAGGAACUCGAGUACCUCAAGUCUCUCGUUGCUCAGCUGAACGAUAAAAUUGGCGCUCUUGAGGCCAAGGCGAAGAAGAAUGCUGCUCCGACGCCUGCUCAACAGCUGCGAACGAUUCUGAUAGGGCCCCCUGGUGCUGGCAAAGGAACACAAGCACCAAGGAUCCGUGAACAGUUCUGCGUCUGCCACCUGGCCACGGGUGACAUGCUCCGGGAGCAGGUCGCAGCGAAGACCGAUCUUGGUGUCAAGGCCAAGAAGAUCAUGGAUGCUGGCGGUCUUGUUUCGGAUGAGAUCAUGGUUGGAAUGAUCAAAGAUCAAUUGGAAAAGAACAAGGAAUGCAAGAACGGCUUUGUACUGGACGGUUUCCCCCGAACAGUCCCCCAAGCCCAAAAGCUCGACAGCAUGCUUGAAGCCCGGAAAGAGAAGCUCGACUCGGUUGUCCAGCUUCAGAUUGACGACCAGCUCCUUAUUUCACGUAUUACCGGACGUCUCAUUCACCCUGCUAGCGGUCGCUCAUAUCACAAAGAAUUCCACCCGCCGAAGAAGCCAAUGACUGACGAUAUUACCGGUGAACCACUCAUACAACGCUCAGAUGACAAUGUCGAGACCUUGACGAAACGCCUGGGAGCGUUCCACGGUAUGACCGGUCCGGUUGUGGAUUAUUACCGGGCGAAGGGUCUCUGGCAUGGUAUCGACGCUGCUCAGUCCCCGAGCGUUGUCUGGGAUAACCUGCGGAAAGUGUUCACUGGCAAGUAGUAGUUGGGGAAGACAUUUACCAUAG